AUGAGCAAGGCCCACCCUCCCGAACUGAAGAAAUUUAUGGACAAGAAGUUAUCAUUGAAGUUAAAUGGUGGCAGACAUGUACAAGGAAUACUUCAGGGCUUUGAUCCCUUUAUGAAUCUUGUCAUGGAUGAGUGUGUGGAGAUUGCAACUAGUGGGCAUCAGAAUAACAUCGGCAUGGUGGUCAUACGAGGAAACAGCAUCAUCAUGUUAGAAGCCUUGGAAAGAGUCUAAACAAUGGCUGUUCAGCAGAAGAGUUCACAUCCUUCCCCAAAGGACUGUUUGACUUGGGUGUAGAAUUGGGUCAUGUACAUUUUCAUUAA